AUGGUGUCCCUGGACGCCGCCCCCCCGCCGGUCCCCCUGACAGUUCUUUCCCGCUGGUACCUCUACGCCAUCCACGGAUACUUCUGCGAGGUCAUGUUCACCGCGGCCUGGGAGUUCGUCGUCCACCGCAACUGGAAGUUUCCGGGUGUCACCAGCGUCUGGGCCUUGUUCAUCUACGGCACCUGCAUCCUGAUCGUGGAGCGCAUGUAUCUGACGAUGCGAGGGCAAUGUCCGGUCCUGCUGCGCUGCAUCAUCUACACGCUCUGGACCUACCUCUGGGAGUUCGGGACAGGGUUUCUGCUGCUGCAGUUUGACGCCUGCCCCUGGGACUAUUCUGAGUUUAGGUACAAUUUCAAAGGGCUCAUCACGCUGGAGUACGCGGUGCCCUGGUUCUGCGCCUCCUUCCUCGUGGAGAGGUUGGUCAUCCGGCGAACGCUGAGGCUGCGCUUUCAUAAUGGCGUUGAAGACGGUUGGACGGCGAGGAGACGAGAGGAUGGAACUAACGGUUAUCUGAAAGCAGACUGA